AUGAUGUUUGGCAUCAGCAAGCGCAUCCAGGACCACCUGGUGGAGCGAAGAAUCCGCAGAACCCGGCUGGUGACCAAAUAUGGCCAAUGCAACAUUGAAUUUGGUAACGUGAAAUGCGGCAACCAGUUUGCCUUCCUCGUGGACUUCUGGACGACCUUCAUGGAAUUCCGCUGGCGCUUUGUCCUCUUCUUCUUCACCGUCUCAUUCACCCUGAGUUGGUUCAUCUUCGGACUACUGUGGUUCUGGAUCGCCCGGAGCAACGGGGACCUGACCUGGCAGAACCCCUCAAAAGGCCACAAGUACUGUGUGGAAAACGUUUUCGAUCUCAUUACAGCAUUCCUCUUCUCCCUGGAGACCCAGACCAGCAUCGGGUAUGGUAUACGCGUCAUCACCCCUCACUGUUCUGGUGCUGUAACCCUCAUCAUUACCCAGUUUCUCAUAGGUUCCAUCAUCAACUGUUUCAUGUGUGGAAUCAUCCUGGCCAAGAUAGCCAUCCCUAAGAAAAGGGCCAAGACCAUCACAUUCAGUCAGACAGCUGUCAUCUGUCCUAAGAAGGACUUCCUUUGCCUCAUGAUAAGAGUGGCCAACUUACGCAAGACCCUGAUGAUCGGGAGCCAGAUCUAUGGCAAGUUGUUGAGGACAACCAUCAAACCCAAUGGGGAGACAAUCAUCAUGGACCAGGUGAACAUUGAGUUCAUGGUGGACGCUGGGAAGGACAACCUCUUCUUUGUGUGCCCUCUCACACUCUACCAUGUGAUUGACAAGGCUAGCCCUUUCUUUGAGAUGGCAGUGGACACUCUUCAUAAGCAGGAGUUUGAGCUGGUGGUGUUUCUGGACGGCACAGCCGAGACCACCAGCUCAGCCUGCCAGGUCAGGACCUCCUUCAUCCCUCAGGAGAUCAUGUGGGGUUACAGCUUCCUGCCAAUCAUCUCCCGCAGUAAAGAGGGCAAGUACAGAGUGAACUUCUCCAACUUCUCCAAAGUGGUGCCCGUGGCCACUGCACAUUGUUCCUACUGUUUCCACAACAUGAAGGGACACCACCUCCACUCCAUUAACGGAAUCGACAACUGGGAAUUUGAAGCAAAUGAUAACUUAGAACAACCUAAUAUGACCAAGUUGUGA